AUGACUGUAGCAGAUACAAGUCAGCCUCAGCUAGGAGACAUCCUCGAGGCUGAGGGGGCUCCGCGGGUCUGCCAAGAGCUGGGGGCUCUCACGCCUCAGGAGGCGCUCGACUCCCCGGAGGGUGCUGACUCCGCCGUUGCACCCGCCCUCGUCGAGCAUCCCGUGUAUUUCGUCGGCACGGUGCUGAGGGACGCCAGGGCACGGUACCCCAUGCCUCAGAAGCUCAUGCUUGCGCUCAUUGGCGGAAGGCCGAUUGGUAGUAGUGGAGGGCCAUGCGGGGCAUGCAAGUUCUUGCGACGCAAGUGCGAGGACGAUUGCAUCUUUGCACCUUAUUUCGGCUCAGAGCAAGGGGUGGAGCACUUCACCGCGGUGCACAAGGUGUUCGGUGCCAGCAAUGUUUCCAAGAUACUUAAUCAAGCCCCUCCCCACAAGCGCCUUGAUGCCGCCAUCACUAUAUGUUAUGAGGCAAAGGCACGCCUCCGUGACCCUAUCUACGGCUGUGUCGGCGACAUCUUAGCCCUCCAACAACGGGUAGCGAACCUCCACGCCGAAGUCGCCUUCCUACAGGCCCACCUCAUGACACUGCAACAGCCUUCACCGCCUCCUUUUCCGUCCCCGCCGUGCAUGCCCAUGACCACUGAGUUCUCCAUUUCUGAACUAGCGUCAUUGUCCAAUGUCCCGAACACCAUGGAACUAUCUUCGUUGUUCGACCCAUCGAUGCAGUGGGCCUUCCAGCAGCAACACCAACAACCAUAUGACCAGACAGGGGAAGGCUCUGUCGGUAUAGGCAACACCAACUCCAAUGGCGAUGACUUGCAAGCCCUGGCUAGGGAGCUCUUGGAUCGACAGUCAACAGGAUCGACACCCCAGCAACCAUCAAACACACAGUUUUGAGAUUGUUUGCCUAGCUAGGUGAACUAACUUAUCUAAGAUAUUUAAAGUAUACAUUCAUUGUGCGAGAGUAGUACAUGAUUGCUUUUAAUGUGAGAUUUUUUUUCU